UCCAACUGUCGGUAUGCGGGAGAUUGUGCACAUCCAGGCCGGCCAGUGCGGGAACCAGAUCGGGGCUAAGUUCUGGGAGGUCAUCAGUGAUGAACAUGGCAUUGACCCUACAGGAACCUACCGUGGAGAGAGUGAUCUUCAACUGGAGAGGAUCAAUGUCUACUACAAUGAGGCUACAGGUGGUAAGUUUGUGCCUCGUGCUAUCCUUGUGGACCUGGAACCUAGUACUAUGGACUCUGUCCGUUCUGGACCCUUUGGACACCUUUUCAGACCAGAUAACUUUGUGUUUGGACGUAGCGGUGCCUCUAACAACUGGGCCAAAGGCCACUACACUGAAGGAGCCGAGUUGGCCGACUCAGUCAUGGAUAUGGUGAGGAAGGAGGCAGAGGGGUGCGAUUGCCUCCAGGGAUUUCAGAUCACUCACUCACUGGGUGGUGGUACUGGUGCUGGCAUGGGCACUCUCAUCCUCAACAAAAUCCGUGAAGAAUACCCUGACAGAAUGAUGCUAUCUUUCAGUAUUAUACCUUCGCCCAAAGUAUCGGACACUGUGGUAGAGCCUUAUAAUGCCACCCUGUCUAUUCACCAACUGAUAGAGAAUACAGACGAGACCUUCUGUAUUGAUAAUGAGGCUCUCCAUGACAUCUGUUUCCGAACCCUCAAACUGACAUCUCCGAGUUAUGGCGACCUGAACCACCUGAUAUCGGCCACUAUGAGCGGUGUAACAACCUGUCUGCGUUUCCCUGGUCAGCUGAAUGCUGACCUGCGUAAACUAGCAGUGAACAUGGUCCCCUUCCCCCGCCUACAUUUUUUUGUGCCUGGCUUUGCUCCUCUGACCAGCCGUGGUAGCCAGCCAUACCGUGCCCUCACCGUACCCGAGCUCACCAAGCAGAUGUUUGAUGCCAAGAACAUGAUGGCUGCCUGUGACCCUCGCCAUGGCCGCUACCUGACCGUUGCUGCUGUUUUCCGGGGCCGCAUGUCCAUGAAAGAGGUGGAUGAGCAGAUGUUGAACAUCCAGAACAAAAAUAGCCCCUAUUUUGUGGAAUGGAUCCCCAAUAAUGUCAAGACAGCUGUCUGUGACAUCCCACCACGAGGCCUCAGAAUGGCAGCUACUUUCAUUGGCAAUACAACGUCCAUCCAGGAGCUGUUCAAGCGCAUUGGUGAGCAGUUUUCUGCUAUGUUCCGCAGGAAAGCCUUCUUGCAUUGGUACACUGGUGAGGGCAUGGAUGAGGCGGAGUUUACCGAUGCUGAAGCUGACAUGCUUGAUCUGAUAGCGGAGUACCAGUAUUACCAGGAUGUUCGCGUGAAUGAAGGGUCUCCAUAUCAGGUCGAGGAAGUUGAUGAUGAUGAGCCCUGAA